CUUGAGCCGCAGUGACCAUCAACGACUACAUUUGACGGACCAACCUCUCAUAUGAUUACAAACUUAGAUGACGAAUCUGAGGAAUGGCGUUGACUUUCCUUGCCUAGCGUUCUGCUGGGUUUGGGUGUUGGCGCCGUUCACAAAGUGAAGAGCAUUUCGAGGCAUUUGUAUGAUGAGAUUCUUGACUUGAGCUGUGUGUAUAUAUAUAUUACGUGUUCUGUUGUGCUGGGUUCAAGGAUGUACAAAAAUAUUUGCUACUCUUGAUAAUCAAUGACGACACUUAAAUCACCAAGAUCGCUGAGAACCCACACCAGAUAGUUGAGUUAGUGAUGUAUUUGUAUGUAGUAAGCAAUGACGAACCUGAAUAGGGACAUCUGCAGCGCAUGCCGUAGUUGGCAUGUACGUUGAAGAGACUUUCAGUGGAAUCUCAUUACCUGAGCUUAUGUUUGCAUGUUUGUGGCCAACCAAAGUGUCAAAUUCUUACAGACCCAGUGCGGUGGUCAGUCAGGCCGUUUCUUUGGGAGAGCAAUCGUGACGCCACCAGGUAUCCGUUCGGAAUCGUGGAAGGUAUCCGCGGCAGCAGAAAUGUUGUCCCGAGCACCCCCUGGUUGUCUGCACAUUUGUGUCGGUAGUAGAGUAGGAACCACCGAGGUUUAUAUUGGGGAACAGUGCUUGCUCACUCGCUGUUCUACAGUCGUACUUCGGAAAAGGAAAUUGGCAAACCAAAACCAACGGGAAAUAUAUCGGUUGCUUCUUGUUGACCUGUCUCAGUGCUACAAAUCACACCACCCCUCAUCGUCGCAUUAGGUAGUUCAUCAUUCCGCGCGUAGCAGAGUACGUACGUAGGUAGGUGGGUACCUGUCAUGCAUCGAAUAUAACCUUUUAAGUGGUGAGAGAUUCGUGAGUGUUGUCCAUCUGACGGACUACGUCAGAAGGCCCUGGAUGCCUACCUGCCAAAUAAGUGAUAACUCGC